AUGGAACUAGAUCGCCUCUUGGGUGUAGAGAUACAGUAUUCACAAGCCAUUGCGGCCCAAUACAUAUUGAAAAUUCCAGAUGAGCGGAGGAAGAUCCAUCGAAGGUACAUGGCCGUACUUCGGCAAAAUCUCAUAGCAAUAACCCAAGCGGUCAGAGACGCGCUAGAUCAGAUUGGGCGCGACCAUGAAGAACAGGGCGGGCUUCAAUGGCAGACUAUCAAGGCACCCUGGGAAGCACGAUUGAACUUUAUGACCACGACAAAUCCCGGAAACCUUGACGGAUAUGCGUUGCAGCAGAUUCAAGCUGCUACGGAGACACUGGCCAACCUCAGAAAAGCGGCGCGGCAGAAGUGCGUGGACCUGGGUGUGACCACAGGCCACGUAGACAGGGUCGUGGGGAUCCUCAGUGACGGCUAUAUUGACUUUCCUAUCGCCAGUGCACCACGAGGGCUUUUCCCCGGCGUGCCAAUUGCGAGGAGCAUGAUGACACUAUCAAAAUCUGUGGAAGCAGCCGCAGUCAAGGAAAUCAUGUGCUUAACAAACAGAGGCAUCGACGAUAUUGUUCGACAGUGGGUGAAGCUUUUAGAGGCCUACUUCGGACUGUCUGGCCGCAUGAGAGGCGUUAGGCAGGAUGUAAGGCUAGCAAGGACCAUGGCAGAUCUCAGCGCAAUCAAGACCGUCCUGUUUCAAGUGAAGCGCGAUGAAGUGCGCCCACCGCCCGCUCAAGGUGGGCAGCCCGCAAAGGACCAAGCGUUUGCCCGUAUAAGAACCCAGAUAAGGAAUACGGUUCAAAACAACGGGGACUUGAUCACUUUCCUCAGAGACCUCUGUCGUGGGGAGCAGGAUGAAGAGGAAUUUCAAACCAUUAUGAGGAUACCCUAUCAGGUACCAGCCCAGCAGUAA